UCAAACUCAAAACCUGGUUUACUCACUCACACUCUUUUCAUUUCCCCACUCUUUCCGUCGAGAAAGAAUCAAGCCACCAUAAUGUAUCGCAUUCUCCACCGCAGCAUGUGCACGGUCGCAGUAGAAAUUGCAGAAUCAACCACCAGCAUCAAGUCCAUUUCACAAGACCUCUACAAAGAACAAAACCUCAAGACACUCGUUGACAAGUUCAAGAAAGCCUCCGACAUCGACCGCUUCCGCACAAAAGCCGGCAUCUACGAAGACACCGUCCGCCGCCUCGCCAGAGCUAAGCGCUUCCGAUGGGUCCGCGACAUCAUCGAGCACCAGAAGAAUUACACGGACAUAGCCAAUGAAGGUUUCUCAGCGCGUCUCAUUACGCUGUAUGGAAAAUCCAAAAUGGACAGACACGCACAGAAGCUGUUUGAUGAAAUGCCUCAGAGGAACUGUAACCGUUCGGUGUUAUCUCUCAAUGCUUUGUUGGCGGCUUAUCUUCAUUCGAAGAAGUAUGAUGUUGUUGAGAAGCUUUUUAGGGAUCUUCCUGUUCAGCUCUCUGUGAAACCUGAUUUGGUUUCUUAUAAUACUUUUAUUAAGGCAUUGUUGGAAAUGGGGUCUUUUGAUUCUGCGGUUGCGGUGGUUGAGGAGAUGGAGAAGGAGGGAGUGAAAACUGAUUUGAUCACGUUUAAUACUCUGCUUGAUGGGUUGUAUUCAAAGGGUCGUUUUGAGGAUGGUGAGAAACUGUGGGGGAAAUUGGGUGAGAAGAAUGUUGUGCCUAAUAUCAGGACUUACAAUGCAAGGCUGUUGGGGUUGGCUAUGGUGAAGAAAACUGGUGAAGCUGUUGAGUUUUAUGAGGAAAUGGUGAAAAAGGGUGUCAAGCCUGAUAUUUUUAGCUUCAAUGCUUUGAUCAAAGGUUUUGCAAAUGAAGGGAACUUAGAUGAAGCUAAGAAGUGGUUUGGUGAAAUUGGAAAGUCUGAGUAUGAUCCUGAUAAGGCCACUUAUUCAAUAAUUGUUCCUUUUCUAUGUGAGAAGGGUGAUUUGAAAAUGGUCCUUGAGAUUGUUAAGGAGAUCUUCUACACUCAUUGCCGUGUUGAGGCAUCAUUGCUGCAAGUUGUGGUGGACAAACUGCUGAGUGAGUCCAUGGUUUCAGAGGCCAAGGAGAUUGUCGAACGAGGAAAAACCAAUAAUUACUGUCGCUAUAAGCUGAAUUUGCCGGCAGAUGAGUUGCCAGCAGACGAGUGAGUAGUAGCUUUUGUUUGUUGUGUCCAUUACUAUUAAUUUUGAACUCUAUGUUUUACUAGUCAUAAUGUUGAAUUGGCAAUGCUUUCAUGAGUGGAUUUUGUUUGGCAAUCUGAGCUUUGUAAAAUGAUUGCUUGAAAAUGCCAUUUUCUGUCUGAUGAUUAUUUGUUCUUUUCCUUGUUGAAUAUCAGCCCUUAAACUUUCCA